AGGGUGAGGUGACAACAACGCUGCAGGUCCCGAUACUGUGUGUCAAAAAGUUUGCGCGCGGACGACCAGGGCGACAAGGUCUCUAUUGCUGAGAUUGAAGAAUGACCUGCGCUUCAAGCUCUCACACUUACCACAUGUAGUAAUCGACAACGCGACGCGCUAGCUGCUUUCGGCUCCGCUCCUCCUCCACCGCUCCGGCAACUCUCUCGUCAUUAUGCAGGGGUGGAAGCGCCGCAAUCGUUAUACAUGUUCGAGACUUCCUUCAAUACACCCAUAUCUGCUCUCAACACUUUCCAUCUGUCCUCGCGAACAACCUUACAUUGACAUGAUCGACAUCACCGCCUCUCUGGAUGUCCUAGAGCCCAUCACAGCGCGCGCAUGACUGUUGCGCAGCACUCCUUCGUCUGUUAGCUCUUUUGUGUAGUCUUAUUUUCCUAGCUCAAUGGAAAGUUGAUGGGUAGCCGCCUACAGCCCUGGAUGCAAGCCAGCAAGCACGUCCUUCUUGAAGUCCUGCAAACAAUCAUUCAGACGCACAGAAUCUACAUCCCCGAUCCGGAGACGCGUGGGCGAUUCCAAGACGUGCACAAGAAUGCAUUUCUGCUUUCAGUCCUGCUAUGGAUGGAGGAGACGCUGCUUUUUCCUAUUAAAGGGGCGAGGAGGGUAGCACUGUUGGAUGAUAUCAGGAGUCUGGACAUGCUCUGGAUCGAGAUGACGGUGCGAGGCCCAGCGGACGUGAGUGAUAAGUUAACGAUGAUCAAGGAUGCGGGAGAGCGGUGUGCAAGGCAGCUUUUCAAAAACCAGGGCUUCGACGAUGUGUGCGUUAGAUUCGAGUCUGAGCAGCUACUAAAGAGGGGGAUUUGGAAGCCCAAGCGGAUGGAGAUCUCGCGCAUGUUGAGCGUUGUGACGCCGAAAUUGGAAGAGUAGGGUAAUUGUCACAGGGUGCGGAGGUAUGGAGAAGUAUCCAUGUUUUGGCUAGGUUCGCAGAAGGUAUGUCUGAUCAAUAAGGAGUCAGAGUCUAUCCUGGAGGUUGAAUGCAUUGCGGGGGUGUUGUUGUGCGGGGGUGCAAUUGGAGACAUCUCCGGCUGGCCCGAUACCGGUUAAUCUUUUCUUAAGAGGAAGCAUAGUAGUGGUAAUUUGGAAAUGGAAGGACUACGCGGAGGUAGGCUUAGUGAUGACGAAGGGAGUGGAGCAUAAUCCUGUUUCUGUGGGAAUGCCACGGUUGUUGAUUGUUCGUGCGCAAGUUUUGCACAGUGCCAGGUGCACUGGGAAAAGGGAUGAAUAUUGAAGUGGAAUAGAUUACGUGGUAUUGCUCUG